AGAGUGACCGAUGUCGCCCUCGGCUCGUUCGGCGUUGCUAUCCCUCCUUCGGAGACAGUUAACCAUCUCGUCCGUUUCUUGAGCACUUGGAGCGGGAGCGACAAAUUCUUUGGUGUUGUCCAGUAUACCCUCAAGCUUCUGGUCCCCUUUCUCCAUUUCCGCGCGCGUCUGCAACAGCGGGUUGGCCUCAGCAAGACAGGGGUCAGCCCAUCUGCGUUGUCAUUGGCCAAGCUAGCAGAUCUAGUGGGAGAUGCCAAGAUGCUCAUGCGGUUCUGGGGUCUUCUCCCUAUCGUUCAGUGGAUGAUGUCGCUCGAACGUAACCCGCCUCCCACCAAACGGCUGCAGAACAUUGAACGUCUCCAGGGAUGGUCGAUGCUCGGCUACUAUCCUUUCGAGCACCUCUACUACCUCAGAGCGCACGACAUCAUCCCCGCGACCCUUCCGCUCCUCGCCCUUGGUGUCCCCAAACCUGCAACUCUCAAUCUACACGCGGGAAAACUCGCGAUGUGGUCCACCCGCUUCUGGGCGGCCUACGUCGUCCUCCAGAUCGCCCACCUGUGGGAAGACCGGGGCUUGCUUAUUCAGAAGGAGCGCCAGCUCAAGGUGGGCAACAAGCGUCUCGAUGUGGAGGAGAAACGCGAUCUAGAGAACAAGUGGGAUGCGCUGCUCAACGAGCUCGUCGUAAAUAUUGGCAACUUGCCACUCGCGAUCCAUUGGUCCCUGCAGAAGGGCAUUUUCACAAAUGACAUCUGGACAACGGCCUUCGGGUUCCUUGCUGCCGUUGCUUCAUUCAGGGGAGCUUGGAACGCAACCGCCCUUCCA